GAGUACUGUAUAUCAGUGUGGUUUAGUUUGCACACGGUCCAAAUGUCGAACUCUUGGUUAAUGAACAUAUUGUAGAGCAUCGUAGAGGAUACUCAUUCUAUUAAUUGCGUGUCCCUCCGCAGAACUUUUUUGUUUUGGGAAAAGUAAAAAAGCAGUGGGUAUCCAUACCAAUUACUUUAGCAUUUUCAUCUAAAACCACAACGGAAUUGGUCGUGAAACUUGUGUGUCAUUUCUUCCGUUUGAAUAUUAAUCUACAUUAAUAGCGUGAAUAUUGAACAAAUACUCCAUGGGCUUCACUACAAGUGCGUACUGGCGGUAUCGUAAGUAAAUGAGAUCCCACAUGAGAGAUGGAAUAUAACUGCAGGUGAGCUGCAUUUCCAUGACAACUCUGUCAAAUUUGUUUCUCUCAUAUAUGUAAGGACUGAUUGCAGUGUGGUGACUUGCCAUAUCUAGGAAUGGAGAACUGUGCUUUCCAACCCCCGCCAAAUGACGGAUUGGUGUAUUGUAACGCCACGUUUGACGAUCUUCAGUGCUGGAACUACACUCUUGCUGGUACCACUGCCUUCGGGGCCUGUCCCAAAGAACAUAAAUAUUCUUACCUGUUCACAAAUCCAAAAGGUUUCUCUAAACGGAAGUGUUCUGCGUCGGGUAGAUGGGUACGGAAGAACUACACGAAAGAAUUCCUGAUCACAGAUUACAGUCCUUGUGGUUCGCUACCCUUGGAUGAAAACAACAAACAAGAGAUCCUUAAUUACCAAAUACUGAUAAACAUUUACGUAAGCGGCUGUGUGACAUCAGUAUUUCUCCUGAUAGUGGCUAUAGUAGUGUUUAAACUAUUUAGGCAACUUAGAUGUCCACGUGUAACUAUUCAUCUCAACCUGUUUAUUUCCUACAUUCUGAGUAAUAUUAGUUGGACCAUCAUGUUCAUCAAUUCUGGUGAGCCGCUGUGGUGUUACGUGCUGAACAUUUUGGCCACGUUUACCUUGUUCAGUAAUUAUAGCUGGAUGUGGGGGGAGGGCUGUUUCCUCUUUUUGUCUCUUGUGAACGUGUAUUCCGACAAAGAAAAGCUCCUCAAGAUGUGCUGCUGUUUCGGUUGGAUUUUUCCUGUCGUUGUGAUGGUCGUCUAUAUUGCCGCUAGAAUCACGAUAGGAGAAAAACCAGGAGAGGUAUGCUGGCAGACACAGGACUGGACAACCUGGAUCUAUCUUAUCCCUAUAGCACUUCUAUUAUUGAUCAACAUUGUGUUUUUAAUCCAUAUCAUUCGGAUUCUUGCAUCCAAACUGAGAUCAACCAGAAAUGAACACUUCAGUCACUACCGGAAGACAGCUCGGGCCGUACUUUUGCUGGUCCCGUUGCUCGGGAUUCAUUUCGUCCUCAUGGUGUACAGUUUUCCAUACUUCGGAUACAGAAUCAUAGUUGCCAUUUUGACAUCAUACCAGGGGGCUAUAGUUGCCAUUCUUUUCUGUUUCACCAAUGGAGAGGUCUUGAAACAGACAAAGAAGAAAUUGGCCCUUUUAAAGGGAAGUCGAUCCCAAGGAUACAUGCAGAACGGGGCCAGUCUACGCACCAGCUUUGAAGAAUACGCCAUUGCCAAGAUGGGGACCGAUUAAAAUCCAGAUCUUCAGCCCCCUGUUCAGCAUAUGUCACAGUCCUUCCUGAAUUAUGAUAUCAGUUUCAUUCUGCAAUACACAUGACAAACCUUUCUACUUUCAGAGAUUGAUACUGAUAAAUACAUUGCUGAUAAUUUUAACAGCAUAAAAACUGUAUAGUGUGUAUAUGUAUACAUUGAUUUUGCUCGUGAAGGCGAUAUCCAAUCUCCUGUGAUUAAAAUUCGAAU